AGAAUUUUGCGGAGAAUAAUAGGGCGCUGUUUUGGCACAACGCUAAAAUGACCCGCUAGGUGCCCACCACACGCGACAAAGGUCGGGUGUGCCAGGAAAAAUAUUUCGCAAACAAACCCGCACCCCCGAAGAAAUAGCGUCAUUCCUUCCGCAUCUCCAACCAAAGCUUCGCCUCCCCUUUCGGGCCUCAUCAACACAGCAAAUCAUCGCGAUACCUACGUCGGCAAUUGAUAAGACACCCGCGCUCUCCCUCACGACGGUUUGCGCCCUCAUAUUGCCAUCUCUACGUUGCGCGACAAAGGGCUUAUCGACGAGCCCGCCCCCUGCUCCUCUUGGAUGCGAUGACCGUGUAGCGGAAGCCGUUCAACAUGGCCUUCAACUUCAACUGGUCGCCUCUCACGGCCGACGCAGAGUUCUACAAACGCACACGAGAUCUCCUGACGACUGCGUUAAACAAGUCGCCGAAGCCGCCCAUCAUCGUUGAUGACAUACUCGUGACCGAGUUCAACCUGGGCUCCGUGCCCCCCGAGCUGGAGAUAUUGGAAAUAGGGGAUAUUGCGGAGGACCGCUUUCGAGGCAUUUUCAAGAUGUGCUACUCAGGCGAUGCCUUCUUGACUUUGAAAACGAGAGUUCAAGCCAACCCCCUGAACACAUAUCUCUGCUCUAAGCCUAGCUUCACAUCUCCACAGCCCCUGGCAGCAGCGUCAGGUCUCACGAUACCUCUUCAGAUCACUCUGUCUGAGAUCAAGCUGUCUGCGUUCAUCAUUGUUGUCUUUUCGAAGCAGAAAGGGCUGACCUUGGUAUUUCGAAAUGACCCGCUCGAGUCGCUCAAGGUCUCAUCGACCUUUGACUCCAUCCAGUUCGUCCGGGACUAUUUGCAGAGAACCAUCGAAGGGAAGCUGCGCGACCUGAUGAUGGACGAGUUGCCUGCCAUCAUCCAUCGGCUCUCGUUGCAGUUGUGGUGCCCAGAUCAACUGCCUAAGGAAAACGAUCUUGCCAAGGAAAGCGACGAACCUGCUGUGGAUCCACUAGCUACUCCCCCGCCCGAUGCCGUCGAUGCAUACGGCCACUUGCUUGACCCCCUGAAGAUUGCAUCACUCUCUCUUGAUGGCGGGGCUGAGAUUCAGUCACUGUUCUCGCAGAAGAAUAUCCUUCGCCUGGCAGCACUCUCCAACUCCCACCGCACAUUGUCCCUGUUCACCCCAGGCAUUCAGGAUGUCGUCUUCAGGGCUUGGGCCGGACCAAUAGACCGCUCGGAUACGGGUUUCAACUCGCCACUAUCCACUCCAAGCCUUGCCAAGUCACACUCGUUCCAGGGAAGUGCGACCACCUACACCUUCUCGGAUUCUGGCGGCCGGGAGAAUGACCAGCUCCCGUCGAGGCCGUCUCUUGUGAACCUGCACUCCGCGACUACUGGCUUGACGCUAGGCUCAGGCAGGCAUUCAAAGUCUGGCCGGAAGAAGAAGACCAGGGUUGUUAAUCUGAGGCGGAAGACAUCCGCAAGCGAGACGACCAGCGAAACGGGAGACACAGUUUCGGAUACGGCCUCCAUUGAGUCACCGGCGUCCGAGCCGUUGCUGCAUACUUCCAUUCCUGAGGAACUGGAAGAUGAGAUGCCGCCGACAAUGUCAUCAGCAAGUAGGGUGCGUUUCAGGCCAUCUGUCGACAAGGCCCAGCCCCCUGCGCGGCCACCUUUGAACCCGGAUUUGUACAGGUCGCCAAGCAGCCCAAUGGUCUCGGGGGAGCAGGGAGAACCUGUGGUCACCGAAGGCAGGACGGCCCAGCCAUCCGACAAGCCCGCCUACGGCGAAGUAGUUAUUGAAAGGAGCGUGUCAGUCCCGGCCGACCUCAAGUCGCCCUUCGGACAGCCGCCGCGUCGUGGCCCCACCUCGGAUACCUCGUCUGUUAUCCUGGAGCAAGCGUGGAUCAUGAAGAUGGCGGGCGAGAUCGCUCGCCGCGUAUACGACGAGAAGCGCCGGAAUGCCGGUUUCUGGGAGGACCAGGACGACGCGCCGCCUCCUGCGUACGAGGCGAGAUAACCGCAUUAGCGUUAUCACUCUCCACUUCCCUUUGUCUUCAUGUUUUGAGCGAGCGGGUUUGCUUUCUUUUCUGGCGUCAACGGGGGAUCUUGGGGCCAUUCGUGGUAAUUUUAUAAUUCCCCACGAGGCUCUUCCUUGCAUGGCGUUCGAGGCAUGGCGCCGAGGCAUAAAAAUAUCUGGCAUUGAGGUUGGGAUCAGCAUCACCCCUAGCCUUGGCAAGAAGCCGGGCCACGGAUGCCGUUGCUCCCAUUGUACAUACUUGUCAAGUUUAGAAAUUUCCUUUGUACCGGGUGCUGGACUGGACAACCUGUGUGGAAGGGAAGUUUUGUAUAGCAGUGUGGGAUCGGAUGUAACAUAUCGGCGGCAGGGACAAGGCGAGAGAGAGAGACGGGCUGAGCUCCCUGCUGGCAUAGCAGGCCUAUUCUGGGGACUUUCUUAGAGAAUCAUCUCCCAUCAAGAUACAUAACACAAAAUUGGCAGCCACGGUUGCUUUCAU